UGUGUCGGCUAGCUUCGUAAUCAUCGCUAUUUCUCUCGUAGUUUAUUGCUAGUUUAAACAUUCAUCGUCAAAGCAGUGCGUUGGAAUUUUAUGGCUAUUAUAAGCCACUGAUCACCUUAUCGCAUUGUCUACAUUAGUCGCUUUGCGCACCACUGAGCUUCACAUGUGAGGUGUUCCCGUGUUUCUCUCUGAACCACGAGCUCUGAUCUUGCCGUGUGCCAAAAGACUGAUGCAUGCUAAGUGAGCUAUAUGUUACUCUCGUUUUAACGUUUCACUAUGUCGUCUAAAAAACGCGAGGAGCCGGUCGGUAUGGACGAAGUCGGACCUGGUCAAGCGUAUCUUCCGUUCGUCGUAAUGGAGGACUUGUUGGACAAACUGAAGCUCAUCAACUAUGACACCGAGUUUACAACUCAAUUUAAAAUCAAGCCUAUUAGCAGACAUUAUUUUGCAGUGCCAACGAACCCAGGAGAACAGUUCUACAUCUUCUCUUCUCUGGCAGCUUGGCUAAUUCAACAGUCGGGAAUUGCGUUCGAAACACCGCAGGAGUCAGACGAUCCUAACACCACAAUAUCCAACAUCUUAGACGUGCUUAGGAACACGGGUACUGCUAUUGACUUUCCUCCAAGCCGGCUGAAGCAAGGCUGGGGAGAGCAUGUGAUUUUCGUUCUGGACCAUUUGGCUGACAAGGCCCUCAGGAAGAAGCAUUUUGCAUGGAAAACGCUUUUGCCACCAGAAGAACAGCUUGAGGAAGAAGCAGUGGUUGAUGAUGCUGCUGAGGUGACCCUGGAGAAAAUUGAAGAGGAGAUGAUGGAGGAACAAGCAGCAGAUGAUGAGGAUGAUGAUGACGGUCCAGUGAUGGACCUGGAUGGCCUGAGAACACUCUCAGCUGGCCGCUUGGGUGGAUCAUCUCAGUUGAACAAGCCCGAGGACAUCCUGCAGUCAACAGUAGACAGUGCCGAAUGGAAGCUCGAAGUAGAGAGGGUCCUGCCUCAGCUUAGGGUCACCAUCCAACCUGAUGCCAAGGACUGGCGUGGGCAUCUAGAACUGAUCCACCAGCAACGUCGCGAGCUUGACGAGGGCCUGCACUUAACCCGGGCCCAGCUUGAGAGACUGUCGGCUGGGCUCGGGUCAGUUCUGGACAAGCUGGCAAGCCGUGAGAAGUACCUGAAUGCACAACUGGAAGCACCGCUGGCCCAGUACCGGUCAGUGCAGGAGGCCCUGGCACGCACACGCGAACACUACCGCACUGUAAGCGGGGGCAUCACCGAUCGCUCACGUACACUUGCACAGAUUACGGAAGAGCUGGAGCAAAUAAAGCAAGAAAUGGAAGAGAGAGGUUCUAGCAUGACCGAUGGAACUCCCCUGGUAAACAUUCGCAAAGCGCUGACUCGCCUCAAGACAGAAAUAACACAGAUGGAUGUCCGGAUAGGUGUGGCAGUGCACACUCUUCUCCAGGCCAAGAUUAAGGAGAAGGGAAACCUGCGAGACGUCGCAGAUGCACCAACUGCCAGUUACGACUCUGUGUACUAGCAUUUUUCUUGUGUGUUUAGCAAGGAACUCUCAAUAACUAAAGUGCUUGCUGUUGCUGUCAUCA